AGAGUACCCCGUGAAACAAGUGAUCUUUGACUGAUUGAUUCUCUGUGGUUCUGUGCCGAAUAUGAAUUCACGGUUGUGCAUGGUUGAUGUGUUUGUUUACGUGUGCUGAGGGGUGAAUGUAUUUUUUUUUUUUAAUAAUACUUCUACAUGGGUGACUAUAAACCGCGUUAUAUGAAUUGACUCAAAAUAGAAUUUUACAUCAGUGAAUUCUAAACAAAGAAAUUUGGGCGAGUAUUUUGUAAAAAUGGCAGACACAAUCCCAGAACUUGCAUACAAGAAGCUGUAUGUCAAAUUCCCCCAAAGGGUUCCAUCAGAGGAAAAAGUGAAGGCGCUGAGUCCACACAUUGUCCGUGUGUCUUAUCCCAGGCAAAAGAGUGCAAGGUUUUGUCAUAUAGUAUUGGAGAGCCAAUCUGUUGUUCCAGAAGUUCUGAAACAGUUGAACAAAAAAGAAUAUAAAAAUGGACAUCUCAGCGUGGAGCUGCCAAGAAAACUUAAAUAUAUAAAAAAUGAACAAAAACCUCCUAUUCAGGAAAAAAGUAAGACCUUAAAAGAGAACAAAAUUGGAAAUAAACUAUCCGUUGAUGAUAAUAGCAUUGUGCCUCAAACAGAAGAAGUUGAAAGCUCACGCAUUACAGCUGGCAAACAUGUGAGGAGAAGAAGUGGGAAACCUGCAGCUGGUGGUGGCAAUGACCGAAGACUAUGGAUAAAGAAGUUGCCGUUUAAAACAGAAGACAAGGACCUUGUAGCUACUUUUCCUGGAUGCAUUUGGGCUAAGGUGUACAGAAGCAAAGCAUCAAAAUCCAGCCGUGCUAUAUGCAAGUUCACUACAGCACAGCAAGCUGCUGCUGUUGUAGCAGAUCCUAGUAAACACAAGUUCAAAGGAAAAGAGGUGGUUGUUGAAUUAGCUAAAAGUCAACAGCUAAGGGGAAGUGGGAUGAAGAAGAAGUAUGGACUGAAGAAUGAAAAUUCUGUAAUGGACAUAGCGGGAGAAACUCUUAAAACAGAAUCAAAAGUAGAAAGUGAAACUGACACUGAAUUGAAGGAAAAUGAAAAUAAUGGUGAUGAAUCUAUGGACACUGAUGAUGAUGAUGAUGAUGAUGAUGAUGAUGAUGAUGAUGACAGUGACGACGACGACGACGACGACGGUGAUGAUACAUUGGAGAGUGGUGAUUCCACUGGUGAUCUUGAUGUAAAUAGCUCUGAGAAUGAUGAUUAAAAUAAACAGAUAAUUUGCUGUGCAUUA